CGCGAGGGGCGGCCUAAGCGGCCUUUUUGCGAGGCAGGCCUCAUUCCGCCGCCGCCCCGCCUCGAGCCGGCGGGAGGGCGGGGUCAGGUCGGCGAACGGCCCAUCCGGGAGUGGUGUCAGCGGGUCUUUUUCCCUCUUGGGCUCUCGAGGCAGCCGGCAGUCGAGUUCGCGCGCAGCCCGCUCAGUUAGUCAGGCCUGCCGGCGGUAGACCACGCAAGCCGCCCAUGGCUCCCGCCGGUGACCGGGAGGGCUACUGGGGCCCGCCGACUUCCACUCUCGACUGGUGCGAGGAGAAUUACGUCGUCUCCCACUACAUCGCCGAGUUCUGGAACACCGUUAGUAACCUGAUUUUCAUUCUGCCUCCAAUCUAUGGUGCAAUUCAGAGUUAUAGAGAUGGCCUUGAAACACAAUAUAUAAUAGCUUAUUUGUGUGUCACAGCUGUAGGUCUGGGCUCCUGGUGCUUUCACAUGACUCUAAAGUAUGAAAUGCAGCUUCUGGAUGAACUGCCCAUGAUCUACAGUUGUUGCAUGCUUGUCUAUUGCUUGUAUGAAUGUUUCAAGCACAAGAAAACAAUCAAUUAUCCCCUCCUGUUUAUACUAACAGCUUACAGCAUUGGCGUCACCAUAGUAUACCUAAAUUGGAAACAGCCUGUGUUUCAUCAGAUUAUGUAUGGGACACUGGUGGCUGUUCUAGUACUACGAUCUGUAUAUAUAGUGUUAUGGGUAUACCCAUGGCUCAGAGGGCUGGGCUAUACAUCCCUCACAGUAUUUUUGCUGGGUUUUUUCCUUUGGAACGUAGACAACAUUUUUUGUGAUAAGCUGAGGGAGUUACGUGAGAGGCUACCUCCACUUGUGAGUGUGGUGACGCAGUUUCACGCUUGGUGGCACAUUUUUACAGGCCUUGGCUCCUACCUUCAUAUCUUGUUCAGCUUAUAUGCAAGAACACUUUACCUGAAGUACAGGCCAAAGGUCAAGUUUCUCUUUGGAAUUUGGCCUGUUGUCUUAGUAGAAUCGACCAAGAAGCAAUGACGAGGAUGUCUGGCCAGCACUGAAGAGGCAACCUUCCCUGGAUACAUAAGGAGAUUCUACAACCACUUUGACUGAUGCGUUGGAAGUUCUUCACACUGAAAAAGAAUAUUCCCUCCCCCCCCUACAGCUGGAGUCACAGAGAAUCACUUAGAGCCAAGAGCUAACAUGUCUACGGAAACCACCAUUAGAGGUUUUUCUGUGAUUUGAGGUGUCACAACAAAACCCAAGGGCGCAAUAUUUUUGUGUACAUGUUCUUGUAUAGCUCUGUGAAAGUCAAUGGUGGAUUAUGGAAGUUUUCGUUUGACUAGUCAGACUUUUCAUUUGUAGUUUGAAACAUCACGCUUGCAGCUGAAUUGUGAGAAAUGUCGGAGCCAGACGAGCCCGGACAGUCCAUUUGACUUCAUAGGGGACUCGGUGGUCUAAACUGCAUUUUGUGUGUCCACUGGUACUUUGUAACGGUCUCGGGGCUCUGUUCUGACCUUCUGCAAACUGGUUUCUUCAGUGAUUUUUACCUGUUAAGGGGAGCUGGUGGUAGAAGUGCUAUUCUCUUAACUGAGUGGUAUGCCCCAUUUUCUUUUUGCACUGUAGGAUGUUCAUUGGGGCGGGGGGGCUUCUCACCAUGUGUAAAAGGCUUUUUAAGUGUGCGGCUAUUACGUCCAAAAUACUCGUACCUCGGACAGAAGGCCUGUUGCUAGCCCAACUGCACAAGCCACCCAAGUGUUUAUUUGGAGCACCAACAAAGCAGUAUUAGCCAGAGAGAUGUGGCCCAGCAAGAUCACUUACAGUGUGGUGGGGGAUGCUGGGACACAUUUCUCUGAUCUCUCUCUCUCUCUCUCUCUACAGCUGUAGAAUUGGUCCAGGGCAGGAAAGCCCCAAGGUGCCUGGUCCUGGCCACUGCCACUCCCUCUUCCUGGAAUACCAGGAGGCCAAAUGAACAAAUCUGUCUUGGCUUUCACACCAGUUGGGGAUCUGAACCUUAGAGGUAGACUUUCGUGCCAGUCCUAAAUAGUUACUUAGAAGUAACCUAGGCCUGUUUCUCAUUUCCAAACAACUUAACUCAUGCUUGGCUGCCAGAGUACAAAAUGCAUAUGCAUCCCAUCUAUGAUCUUGGAGUUGCUAUUUCUCAGCCUAACCUACCUCACAGGGUUGUUUUGAGGAUCUUAGGUAUGCCACCAUGAGCUCCUUGGAGAACAGGCAGAAUAAAAGUGUAAUAAGCAAAUCAGGCCUGUGCCUUUGUAAAAGAAAACAAAGUUUCAGUGCGCUGUCCGCACCUUUUCUUGACUAUAACUUUGGAGGUUCGUUGAAAGAGACAUAGCCGAAUUCUUCAGGUGUGUGUCCUGAACACUGAUGCAGCUUGCAGGUGUCUUGCAGUUGGGUAGGCGUCCUGAGUGUGAAGCACAAUUUUUUGCCCUUUGGUGGUUAUUUUGCUGUGAGGGGCCAAGAAUUGGGCCAUUUGGCUUCUGUCUGAUUGUGAUGAAAAUGGGGUUGUGUUAUGUUGCUUUUCUUUCAUGCACUCUUUGAGCUUCUGCAUGCUUUAGCUAAAAUUGGCUUGCGGGGUUAGGGGAGAUUAAGAUCUGGCCAGUUGGGCCAAAAAGCUUCCCCGCACUACCACUGCCAUACGGGGCGUUUGCAAGUUCAUUUCCUCUGCAUGAAGUCUGAGGGGGGGGGGGGUGUUGCCUCUAUGGCGAGACCCUCCAACUUAUGUUAAUUGGCCAACGUGCGAAUCAUAUUUGGUAUCUCAUGUCAGUACUCGGUUACAAAUCAAAAGAAUGUAAUGUGGCUUUACAGUCUUCAGGCACCAGAUUGUCUGUGGCAAAUGGAUUUGUCCCCUGUGACGCCCUUCCCUGGCUCUCCCUGUCAGGUUCCUACCUGCUCGUGGUUACUGCCUGUCACUAGGCACCACCAGGGACUCCACCAGUCCGGACUGUCCUUUUUUAUGGUUUCUCUCCCCGCUCUAGCACAGAUCUCAACAGAUCCCCCUGCUAGGCAGCACCACCAGUCACGGCCUAUAACCAGUAUUCCCAGAGACUCUGCCUGAGUCUCUCUAUCAGGUUACCUCUGUGACUGAGUGCUUAAGCUGUCCCACUCCCUUUGUAUCAAUGCAGAUAAUUCUGGUUUGCUCUGAAUACUUGUGGUGUUAUAUUCUCCCCUUCACCGCUGCCACCAUUUGUUUCCCUUCAGCCUUGGUAUUUACCUUACCCUCCCUUCUGGUCUGUGAAACCCCAGCCAAGGAUCAGGCCUUUGGUAAACCAAAUAUAUUUAUUAAAUAACAGAGAUAACAAGAUUUCUUUAUAAAGGCACUUAAGCAUAUGGUUUCAUCUAUUCCUGAGGUACUGGUCUUAGUAUUAAUCCGAACUCCACACUCUCCUCACAUCCACCAACUCUCCACCCAAUCUCCUCUCAAAAACCCACCAAAACAACCCACUCAUGAUCACCGUCCACCCAGAUUCAACUGUCAUCCUUCCAUUUAUACUCUCAGCCAUUCUAAACACUCAGCCAAUCAUCCAGCAUUCUACUGCCCAUUCACUCCCCCCUCCUCUUUCAUUCCACUUACCAUGUAUCUCCUAUACAAGCAGCACUUACCAUAUUUACACUAAUACAGGAUCAUCACAUCCCCCAUUAAGCCAGAUCGGAGAGAACCAGUGGCGUAGUGGUUAAGGUGUUGGACUAGGACCAAGGAGACCAGGGUUUGAAUCCCCACACAGCCAUGAAGCUCACUGGGUGACCUUGGGCCAGUCACUGCCUCUCAGCCUCAUGAAAACCUUAUUCAUAGGGUCGCCAUAAGUCGGAAUCGACUUGAAGGCAGCACAUUUACAUUUUUAAGCUAGAUCGGCAGACCCAAACAUCCAGCUCCCACCCUGCUCUUGGUGUAAGGUUAGGAAGUGGCCUUGGACCGAGUCAGGUCCAUCUAGCUCAGUAUUGUCUGCAAUGACUGGCAGCUGCUGUCCAGGGUUCAAGCAGAGGCCUCUUUCCCAGCCCUACCUGGGGAUGUGGGAGACCGAACCUCAGACCUUCUUAUACACUAAGGGUGCGCUCUUCAGAUUCACCACACUGGUCAUGCUUCCGGGGAAAAAAAUUAGUUGCAAAUCCCGCCUAUGCUAUUUUGCUCCCAAUUCUGCUAGGUAAUGUGGAAAUAAUAAGUAGUAAUAAUAACUAUAUCCAAAAUCAUGUGGGCUAGAAAUUUUCAAAGUUUUUAGGAGAACCAGUCCUGCAGCAGAUAGCGAGCAUGUGAGGAAAGAGGGCACACAUUUUGUUUUACAUGGCUGUUUGAUAAAGGAAGCCACAUUCUCCACCCAAACCUUCUCUUGCUUUUCACAUGAGAUGGAAAAGACCAAGAAGGUUCCCUUGCCUGUCCAUCCAAAGCUCAGGGUCCCAUGGUCUCCCUUUCAACCGUAAUAUGUUUUGCAUGUUUAAGAGACGAAGGCAAAAACAAGGGCUCUUGACUCAUGACAAGUGAGGGGGGAGGUGAGAAUCCCGGCAUUGCUAUGGAGGGCUGGCUGGCUCGACUGCAAACACAACCACUGUGAGAGCACCAGUAUUUUGGGGGUGCCAGUGAAGUAGCCUGCAGCGCAUUAAAUCCACCCACUUGUUCUGCAAGGGGCCUGUGGCCCUUCUUCAAUGGUGUGAUGCCGCCUGGUCAGAUGGCGAAGAGUCUUGGGGCUAGCCCUGCACACGGGGAGAGGAGUGUGGGUGUCAUUCAGAGUUCCGUACAGAGAAUCAUCAUCAUCAUUUUAUUUGUAUGCCGCCUUUCCACAUAAAAUUGUGCUCGAGGCAGCUUACAGCAGGUGAACAAAAAUGCAUCUCAAAAACAAUUUCCUAAUAACAAAAAAUAAUAAAACAGUGGCACAACGAAUAUAAUAAGCAAAAACAACUUUUCAACAUUAUGAACACAAUAAAACAAUCUUUAAAAACAAAGAAGUAACCAUUAACACCCCAAGCCCCUAAAGAAAACCAUUUACUACAUCUCCUACAAAACCUCAUUGUUCAGAGUGGAGGCUUGUUUUGCAUCAGCACAGUCUCUUUGUAAGCAGAGGAGUGGACUCCUCCCCUUCAACACUGGUGUAGGCUUCCAAAGUCAUAGAAGAGGCAGGGCAGGUGGUCUCCCAGGCUGGCAGAGCUUCUGCAGAGAACUCCUUACCAGCCAAUGGCUUGUGAAUCACACACUGGGGGGUGGGGGGCAGUUGGCCAUUAGCCUUUUCUACAAAGAAUUCCAGGCUUUAGUUCUGGAUUACAAGACUGAGGCACCCUGAUCAGGCCACUGCAGUGGGGAAGUGAGCCCAAGAGGGAAGGGCCGUCGCUCAGUGGCAGAGCACCUGCUUUGCAUGCAGAAGGUCCCAGGUUCAACCCCCUGCGUCUCCAGGUAGGACUGGGUAGAGACCCUGUCUGAAAUCCUGGAGAGCCGCUGCCAGUUGGUGUAGGCAAUACUGAGCUAGAAAAGACCAGUGGUUUGAGUCAAUCCAAGGCAGCUUCCUCUGUUCCAAAGUACUAGCCCAUAAAGAUCCUGCCUCUUGCACGAUUCACACCUCUAGCCCAGCUUUCUUCCAGCUCAGCUUGCCAGGGGGGCAAGCAGUUCUGCCCAUCUCUCCUUUUGGAUGUGAUUGCCCGUUCAGUUGCCCGUUGUCAAAGAAAUAUGCCUGUUUCUGUAGCUGUGCGAGUCACUGCUUGAGGCUGGCCUCUUUCAGGAGGCAUGUUCAGAACUCAUGGAAAACCCCAGCAGCCAGGGGCAGACUGUUCUUAACCCAAAGUAAACAUGUUGGGGGUGUGAGAGCGAGAUCUGCAGAUUUGCAGAGGCUGCAACAGGGCUGCUAGCUAGGGAUGGUGGGGGUUUGUUUCAAGCGAGUCCUCCUUGCCCACCACAUCUGUGGCUGUGGGGGCAACUGUCUUGGAACAUGUAUUGCAGGAAAAUUUUGUUCCUCUUAGAGAGGAACAUGCUGUCCAUUUCAACCAACCUGAAGUGCCAAUCCGUGACUCCACGCCGAAAUCACUCCCUGCAAUAGCAAUCUGCCGCGGCUAGGAAAUGCAAAAGGUUGUGGUGUGUUGAAGUCUUCGCACUUUCCGUGGUCACAGAGCAGUGCUUGGUCCACAUGCGUUCUAAAAGAACUACCACUGGAGAAAACGAAUGUGCUCUUUGUAGGCUGUAAUUGACUCUGCGUUGCCCUUUGUUGUUUUACCAAAUUGUGCAAUACUGCAAAUUGUGUGAGACCAUUUGGAAGCUUGUGCCUUAUAAAAUUCAGGCUGCCUGCACUCAGGAUACAAAGGACAUGAAUGAAUAAAUGCUGAAACCGAGGGCCGAACUACAUGUGAUGUUAUUUGAAAAUUAUCACCGUCACCCCAUCUGUUCUUUUUGUGUGUUUGGAACCUGGGGUGGGGGUGGAAGGUUAAAGUAAUUUCUUGCUCACCACAGUCUGAGACUUGAUCAUGCUCUCCCACUCCAGUGGAUAUUGUUUACCAUAAAAAGGAAAGCUAUGCACAACUAGAAAUAUCAAGAUCCAGGGGGAAAAGCAGAAAAAAUGAGGAGAAGCUCUCCCCCCCCCCAUUUUUCUUCAAAGACUUUUAUGUUUUGUUUUGGAAAAAUUAGGGAACAGAAAAAUGGAGAGAGGGGUCUGAACUUUUCCAGGUUUUUCCAACCUUUCAUAUCUCUACGCACAGCAUGAGGACAUGUGCAAAUGAUGUGUGCAAUUUGCCCCUGAGAUGUUACCGCCCAAAAUGCUACAAUCUCAGCACCUACUGGAAUAAUCUCUAAGACAAGUUUGAACUUCACCAUAUCCAGUAUGGAGUCAGUUGGUGGCGCUGGGGGAAAACCCUUAACUACACGCCACACUGGUGUACCAGACUCUAAUCCAUGCGAGCACCAAGCCCUUCUUUCUUAAGCUGGCCUUGAACACCCCUCUUAUUUCCAUUGCUGUUUUUCGUAUAAAUCAUCUAAAUGGGUGCUCUCUAACUUUGGUAUGGUCACAUGUAGCAGAUCUAAACCUUCACCCAAGUGACCCAGCAGACGCAACAUACAAAACUGUAUUCUUUUAAUGCCACAAACUAUUGAAAUAGUCUUAGGUGGAAGUAGAUGGGGCAUGUAAAGCUGAAUUAGCAGACUGGUCUAGUCAGUUUUUUAAAGAAGGGGGAGACCCGUCUACAUCUCAAGACUCAUUUAUGGUGUUGGAUUUGGCAACUACUAUAGUUAUUGUGGGCUUGGUUUUUGUUGUGACCAUUUGCUUCCCAAAACUAAGUGAUGUGUCACAAUAUCUGGCAGCAUCCCUGUAGAGGUGCACAAAUGCUUUUCUUAAAGUUGCCUUUUUAUAGAACCAUAGUUGGAAAGGGCCUAUAAGGCCUUGGAGUCCAACCCCCGGCUCAGUGCAAUAGCGAUGGCAGAGUGCCUCGUCUGAUAGACUUAGGAACAUAGAAAGCUGCCUCAGCGCAUCCAUAUAAUUAUUUGAUAAGCGGAUGAAUGUACAGCGAGUAGUUGAAGCAACAUUGUGCAUCUUGAUAUUUGAAUACUGGACAGUAUUAAAAGUAGGCCUCCCUCUUUAACUUGUAAGAAGUCUAGACAGACAUGAAAAAUGGCAUAGCUUUUUUAUUCUCCAUAGCUAAUUGUUAAUUCUGCUCCAGGAAGAACCAGGCUGCGGUUGGCACAUCUACAAAAAGCAGUUGUGCUGUCUUGUAUUGUGGUAGUAGCAAAUGUUUAACCAAUGUCCAGAGGGUUUUCUGUGGUGGUUGUUUUGCAAAGGCUACAGAUAGGUUGGUAGAACAAGCUGGGGUGGGGGGAGAGAAGCCUGGGAUCAAAGGCAGCCAUGAAUAUCUGUGGCAGAAGGGCGGUGGGGGGCAGGAUCAGCGACGGGUGAAAUGCAGAAAUCUCCCCCAAUAAACUUUAGGUGAGGCGGCAAACUUGUUCCUAUUUUGCACCCGUUCCAGAUUGCAGGUAGAGGAUAUAUAUUUGUUCCUUUCUCCCUCUAUGGAGAAGCAUUUCAACUAUGCAACUUCCUCUCUCGAAGGCUGAAGGGGUCUAGGGCAGACUCACCUAAUCUCCUUUCUCUCUCAGUUGUGUUGAACUAGGUCAGCCUGUCCCAACCUGGUGCUAGCCGGAUCUGAUGGGCGUUGUAGUCCAAAAGAUCUGGAGGGCAGCAGGUUGAGGAAGGCCAUGGCUUCUGAACUUUUGCCAGUUGCUACUUGCUUGCCUUAACUUUUCUUUCCACCACGGUAACUAUCCACCUUGGAAUCUGGGCCUGUUUAUCUGUUCUGAUACACCGGGGGAGGGGGUGGAGAACACGAGGCCCAAGAGCCAAAUGUAGCCCUCCAGGCAUCUUCCUUCAGGCCCUCUGGACCCUUUCCCAGACUCCACACCCUCAGCAGCCCUGCUUCCUCCCCCACCCCGGCCGAGCGUUUCUAUCUGGCUGGAAAGUGCCCUUGAACUCUGAUCACGCCUCUUGCACCCUGGCUGGAGAGGAGAAAGGGAUGUUGUGAGCGUGUGUAGAAACUAGCCUAUUAUGCAGUGGUGAAAUUUGUUGCAAUUCCCACUUUUGCCCCUGCCCCCUUAUCACUGUGGCAUAUGGCCCCGAGAAGGUUGCCCAGGAGGGAGAGUGGCCCUCGGGACAAAAAAGGUCCCCGACUCCUGUAUUGCACUUCCUGUAUUUGCUGCUGCUUAUUUUUCUGUUCCAUUGCAUUUUCCCAUGCGCAAAGUACACUUUAAUGUGUUGCAUUCCUGCCAUGCGGUAGAGAACCUGGGGCCAUACCAGUUUGUGUGUGCGUGUGCCAUGCUGGGGGAGGGGUUUCUUGGUUUUAUUCCUUUCCCCAGAAGCCCCCUCUCCAUUUCCACUGCCGUUACAGCAAAACACCCACCACACUUAUAGGCCAUUUGGGAUAUUCUUCAGACCUCCCUGUGUUUUUUUUAAAAAAAGCUUUAAACUAGUAUUGCUUUCAUCUUGGCCUGUCAAAUGAAUGUUGAUUAUUGGGCAUAUAUUUUAAUGCACUGAGUUUAAGGAGGUGUUUACUGUUAAAAAUGGAAAUAGAUUCGGCCUGUCACAAAGUGACCAAAAUUUGUUUUAACACUUUUAUAUGUUCUAGAUCUGUGAGGUUUUUUUAAAAAACAAAAUGUUUUCUUUUACAGAUGUGGCUGUCUCAUGAAACAGCAGCCAAUUGUAUAUAGCAGCCAUUGUAAUGAAUAAUGUGUAAGCAUUUUGAUAUUCUACAUUGAUAUCUUUCUAUUGGACUCAUAUGUCAACUAAUAAGCUUAUAAUAUAUAGUGCUAUUAUUUGCAAUAAAAGUGGCUUUUUGAGAUUUAAAUAAUGUAUUUAAUCAAUUUGCCCUUUCAGCAUUAAUUAUUACUUUAUAGCUAAUAAUUAUUAAAGGAUUUUUAUUUUAAUUAAA